AUGGGGGCUAUGGCAUGGCAUGAUGUAACAAACGUAGAGUAUAGACAGUCCACGGUCGUGGCAGCUGUCCUGUUGGAUAUUUUGUGUGUAAGUCAGGAAGGGAAACCGCGGGUAUCCUUUCGGCUCAAUCGUUGUCAUCCUCGAAACAGUCUUCCAGAGCCUCAAUUCCCUCAUGCUGGGUUCAAAGCUUGUCUUCCAGAGCCUCCAUUCCCUCAUGCUGAGCUUGUUAGUCUUGGAAGACUCAGACACUAUAACAACAUCCAUGAUAUGCAGAAUGAUUUCAAAUGUCCUUGUAUUGUGUUCACUGGUCAUCCAUCAUUGAGGAUAGGAGAUGUUAUUCAUUUCAUAGAACUUUGGGGAAAGUCUUCAACAAACACUAUUAUAUUUACAGAACCAGACUACCCAUAUUUAGAUGCUCUAGGACCAUUCCAGCCAAUACAGAUGAGGGUAUGUUACUGUCCAAUAGACACCAGUUUGAGUUUUUCUCAAGCCAACAAACUUGUGAAAGAUCUGAGACCUCAACAUCUAGUUGUAGCUGAGAGUUACACCACCCCACCCACUUCAGUGUCACAGAGACCAGAUCUGGUUAUUAGCUCUGAAUCUGCUCCUAUUACUUACAAACAAGGGGAGGUAAUCACUCUACCAGUGAAAAGGAAGUUUGAAUGUAUAGAGCUGGAUCCCACUUUAGCAGCAUCACUGGAACCAGUAGAAAUAAAACCGGGCUCGGCAGUAUCUAUGGUGAAUGCUUCAUUGGUUGUCAAGGACAACAAAUACAUCCUAGAGCCUUUACCCACAACAGACCAGAAGAAACAGAAGACUGGAGAUAAACCAGUCAAGCCAAAAUCUUACAUAUUUGGAAGCCUCAAUACCAAAGUGUUUGUUGAUACACUUUCAAAGCAAGGAAUUACAGAUAUAAAACUUGAAGAGAGUGAUGACGGCUCUAUAAUUCAUUUGCCAAAUGACGACACAUUGAUACAAGUGGAGCAGGGAUCUACACAUAUCAUGUGUGGUGGAGACGAGAAUGUGAGGAUCAAAAUCAGAGACACUUUGUUACAGUGUUUACAGAAAUUAUAGCAGAAUCAGCGAAUCAGGAUUUAACACCUCUCCUAGAAGCAUGACCGUGAUAGCUGAAACUGUGACAGGUGUGGCAAAGUUUU